UAUCUAUUUUAUAUUAUAAAAAAAUAUUUCAAAGCCAACUUAUGAUGUUUUAGAGAUAUUUAAUGAAAUCUUAAUACUCAAGUAAUUAUAAUACCUACUCAAGAUGAUAUCUGUUAUAAAGGGAUUUUUGCCAAAAGUAAACACCGUCUUAGCAACCUCAGGCAACAAUUUAAAAACUUUUAUAAGAUCUGAACAUGGGAGAUUGGAAUCUCCUGGACAUAGGGUUAACAACUUGGAACGUAAAUUUCUGGUAUGGACAGGCAAAUACAAAACUGUAGAAGAAGUUCCAAACUUUGUUGCCCAGAAUGUUAUGGAAAGGGCUAGAAACAGGAUGCGUAUUAGGAUUGCAAAUUAUAUGAUUGUCGGUACAGCUGUGGGUUGUCUUAUCAUGGUUUAUAGCGGUAAAAAUGCUGCCAAAAGAGGCGAAUCCGUGCAACAACAAAAUCUUGAAUGGCACAAAUCAGUAAAAGAGGAGGAAGAAAGGGUUAAAAACCAAAAGUAAUUGUUUAUUAUUAACAUUUUAGUCUUCUAUAGGUUAUAUUGUGAAUGUAUUUUAUCAAUUUUGCUUCAUUGUAUAUUAUUAUCUCUGGUAAAUUAGGAAUUAAAUUAUAAAAUUAU